AUGGCUUCAGGAUACGACAGAGCGUUGUCCGGAACGUGUGCGGUCGGCGUCAAGGGUACAGAUGUCGUCGUCCUCGGAUGCGAAAAGCGAUCAGCCAUGAAGCUGCAAGAUACCCGAAUUACCCCCUCCAAGAUUCAGCUCCUCGACACCCACGUCUGCCUGGCAUUCGCCGGCUUGAACGCCGAUGCUCGUAUCCUCGUCGACAAGGCGCGGUUAGAGGCACAGUCCCACAGACUGACCGUCGAAGACCCCGCCUCCAUCGAGUACAUGACCAAGUACGUUGCUGGUGUCCAGCAACGGUACACACAGAGUGGUGGUGUCCGGCCCUUUGGCAUCAGCACCUUGAUUGUCGGCUUCGACAGCGGCAGCAAGGUCCCCCGCCUCUACCAGACCGAGCCUUCUGGCAUCUUCUCCGCAUGGAAAGCCAACGCCAUCGGCCGUUCCAGCAAGACCGUUCGCGAGUUCCUCGAGCGCAACUACAAGGAGGAUAUGGACAGAGAGGCUACCAUCCGACUCGCCAUCAAGUCUCUUCUUGAGGUUGUCCAGACCGGAGCCAAGAACAUUGAGAUCGCGCUGAUGGCACCGGGCAAGACGAUCGAGAUGCUGCCCGUGGAGGAGAUUGAGAACCACGUCAAGAGUAUCGAGCAAGAGAAGCAAGAGGAGGCGGCCAAGAAGAAGACUGGACGCACACCCGGCACCGGAAGCGCGGCGAUCCUCACGAGAGGCUCGGGUUCGGGUGACGGUGAUGAGUAA